AUGCAACUCGUUAGCUCACUCUCAUCUCCUAAUGGUGACCUCAUUAUUGAAUGCAAUGUCCACUACGCACCAAAAGCCUGGAAUACAGUCAAAUUGGUGUCCUCAGAUGCCAACACUGGAAUUUUAGCUGUCGGACAUGUGAAUGGAACGACCCAAAGCGACAACAACGCGUACCAACUAAACUUUCAAGCUGAUGAUAGUAACGUUUCAAUAAGCCUACUCUUCCCAAACACAACGAAACACUGUUUUGCCAGGAGUAACUACACGUGUUCACUCUAUAGAAAUGAGGAUGUCUUUGUAGAGACAACGGAAUAUAUUUCCACCCCAGUUGAAGAAGCAGCACAGAAUCCUGAAAUAGAAGGAAUCACAACAAUGAACGAGGGUGACACAUAUACAGUUAACUGUUCCGGAGACCUGGCUCCGCCAUCUACUACACUCGACCUCUACACAAGAACGGCAAACGCCACAUCCUUUACAAAGUCCUCAGUCGAUGCCCUAGUUACUAUUGGUAAUCUCACCGAAUCCUGCUACCUCCAAACAACAAAGAGUUACAAUAUGAUUGCUGGCAGAACAGAUAAUGGUACAGAGAUGAGGUGUGAGGCAGUUAACACAUCUCCAGGCUCACAGACGAUUUCGGAUUCACGAAUGAUUGUGGUGAACGUUGCCGAAAUGCAACUCGUUAGCUCACUCUCAUCUCCUAAUGGUGACCUCAUUAUUGAAUGCAAUGUCCACUACGCACCAAAAGCCUGGAAUACAGUCAAAUUGGUGUCCUCAGAUGCCAACACUGGAAUUUUAGCUGUCGGACAUGUGAAUGGAACGACCCAAAGCGACAACAACGCGUACCAACUAAACUUUCAAGCUGAUGAUAGUAACGUUUCAAUAAGCCUAGUCUUCCCAAACACAACGAAACACUGUUUUGUCAGGAGUAACUACACGUGUUCACUCUAUAGAAAUGAGAAUGUCUUUGUAGAGACAACGGAAUAUAUUUCCACCACAGUUGAAGAAGCAGCACAGAAUCCUGAAAUAGAAGGAAUCACAACAGUGAACGAGGGUGACACAUAUACAGUUAACUGUUCCGGAGACCUGGCUCCGCCAUCUACUACACUCGACCUCUACACAAGAACGGCAAACGCCACAUCCUUUACAAAGUCCUCAGUCGAUGCCCUAGUUACUAUUGGUAAUCUCACCGAAUCCUGCUACCUCCAAACAACAAAGAGUUACAAUCUGAUUGCUGGCAGAACAGAUAAUGGUACAGAGAUGAGGUGUGAGGCAGUUAACACAUCUCCAGGCUCACAGACGAUUUCGGAUUCACGAAUGAUUGUGGUGAACAUUGCCGGUAAAUACUCUAAUCACUUCAAUAUAUAUCAGUAG